AUGGAGGCCAAUCAUAAGGAGGCCAAUCAUAAGGAGGCCAAUCAUAAGGAGGCCAAUCAUAAGGAGGCCAAUCAUAAGCAUGAUCACAUAUCAGUUUACGGCCUGAAUUUACAGCUGGUAGCAGGAUACGGUGCCGCUACAGAUAUGGACAGCGACGCUAGUGGGUUAUCAAGUCGGGUCAAGGGACAACCUUACACUAGUAAUUUAGUGCCCUGCCAGGGAGCGCUUCGUUGUGCAGGUGGAGCCGACAUGGAGGCUAGCGUCUCUGUGCACUACCCAAGCUGA